AUUUAGAUCUAUAGGAUGGGUGGUGAUCAAGCUCAGGCGCUCUUAGGUGAAUAAGUAUUUAUUGUCGCAUUCAGGGGAAAAAGGCUGGUCACCUGUGCGUGAAUGAGGAUGUGACCUUGAAAGGCAUUGAGCCUCGGGGGGUGAAUUUUCCAGCCUAAUCCCUAGCCUGAUUAACCAUUAGCCGGGGAUCAUGAUUCAAAUGUGGAAUGAGCCCCCAGGCUGGGAUUCCCAUGAUUUGUCGUUGUCCAUUGGCUCAGAAUCCAAUAUAAAAUGGCGACUCGGGCCUGUUCAAGGUUGAGUGACAAACCUAUCUUUCCGUUGCGAAGAAAUCAUUCGGCCCCGUUUGUUAUGUGUGACGUCAUAAGAGUGCGAAUGUGCGAUUCAUGCCAAAUUAGAAGUCCAUCUAUUGAGUGGGGCAGGUUCCAUGCGUCUUUCCGGAUUGUGUGCCCUCGGGUCCAUUGGACUUUGAUUCGCUCUGUUAGCAGUCAGGUCAAGCCCAAAUCUCUCUCGAUCAAACAGACAUCCAGACAAUUGCUCAGCCACCCAGUCAGCCAAACAAACAAGCCACGGGAUCAGCAGCGACUAAAACAGUUUGAAUGGAAUUGAAGAACACCAAACUCUACCGGCAUUGAAUCGAUAUGACUGGAACGGACGGAACAAAGGCACAAGUGUUCGUUUUGUAGAAAUGGCAGUUGUCCAGAGGUGACUUUUGGAUACAGACUUGGAACGCUUGGAACACACCAUGGCUCAAGACACGUUACACCUGCCUAGAGCAUUGGGCGGAUCCAAUUAUGGAUCCGACGUGGAUGAAGACGAUGACCGCGCUGAGAUGGGAUACCAACAGACGCUCAUGUACGGACGGUAUUCGAAGACCCUCGGAGAAUACGCCAAAGAUCAGGCCAAGCUGCAGGCCAAACGUCAGAGGUUCGAUGAGAGAAGGCGGAAGAAGGAAUCGGCCAAGCGGGUUCGGGAACUCACCGGCGACAAGAAACGAGGCUCGUGCUACAGUAGUGUGGCCCGAUUCGUCACUUGGUUUUGGAAGAACACCUUCGCCAAGAUUGGCGAGGAUUGGGUGUUCCUGGCCGCUCUGGGCAUCAUUAUGGCCGUUGUGUCGUUUAUCAUGGACUACGGGAUCUCCAAGUGCAAUAAGUCACGGCUAUGGCUGUAUCGCUACUUGGGCGAUCAUGUGAUCCUCCAGUUUGUGGCCUGGACGGGCCUGCCCGUGUUUCUAAUUCUGUUCGCAGCAGGAUUUGUGAAUGUCAUGUCCCCGCAAGCCAUUGGAUCCGGUAUUCCGGAAAUGAAAACCAUUCUUCGGGGAGUUGUGCUCAAAGAGUACUUGUCUGGGAAGACCCUUAUUGCCAAAGCUGUUGGUCUCACAGCCACCCUAGGGAGUGGUAUGCCGUUGGGGAAAGAGGGUCCAUUCGUCCACAUUGCCAGUAUCGUGGCCACAUCCUUGAGUAAACUGGUAACCUCAUUCCAGGGUAUCUAUGCCAAUGAGUCCAGAAACAGUGAAAUGCUGGCGGCGGCCUGUGCAGUAGGGGUGGCCUGCUGUUUCGGUUCGCCCAUCGGAGGUGUGCUCUUCAGCAUUGAGGUCACCUCCGUUUACUUCGCUGUGCGCAACUAUUGGCGAGGCUUCUUCUCUGCUGUGUGUGGGGCCAUGACCUUUCGACUGAUCGCCAUCUGGUUUGACAAGGAGGACACGAUCGUGGCUGUGUUUCCCACAGGAUUCGACCCUUCGUUCCCCUACGACCCCCAAGAGUUAUUCGUGUAUUCCGUGAUUGGGGUGGUCUGUGGCUUAGGGGGUUCACUAUACGUAUAUUUACACAGACGUUAUGUCCUGUGGAUGCGAGGGAACAAAAAGUUGACAAAAUUCUUACAAAAGAAUCGCUUCAUCUACCCCUUUUUCAUUGCCUUUAUGAUCACAGCCAUCACGUUCCCGCCAUUUUUGGGUCAGUUCCAGGCCGCUGAUGUGUCCACUCACGAUCAAGUGCACAUCCUGUUCUCCAAUUACACGUGGAGUAAGAACCCUGACGAAAUGUCGGUGGACGAGUGGGACCAUGUUAAACAUUGGUUGACACCGUACACUGGAAUCUUCAUGAAUUUGGUCAUCUAUAUCAUCUCAACAUUCUUCUUGAGCAUCUUGGCCGCCACUUUGCCCGUGCCCACUGGUGUCCUCAUUCCAGCCUUUAAAGUGGGUGCGGCAUUUGGUCGUCUCAUGGGAGAGGCCAUGCAUGUCUGGUUUCCUGAAGGUGUUCGAUAUGGUGGUGUCAUAUCUUAUGUCGUUCCUGGAGGCUAUGCAACCGUGGGGGCGGCGGCCUUUUCUGGGGCUGUGACCCAUACCAUAUCCAUUAGUGUGAUCGUUUUCGAGAUGACCGGUCAAAUCACACAUUGCAUUCCCGUGUUGAUUGCCGUUUUGAUUGCCAAUGCCAUUGCGUCAUUGCUUCAACCUUCAUGUUACGACAGCAUUAUCAUGAUCAAAAAACUGCCUUACCUUCCGGACAUUCUGCCUUCAGGCUCAAACGCCUACAACUUGACGGUGGAUGACUUCAUGUUGCGAGACAUCAAGUACAUUUGGUAUGGAAUGACCUACAAGGAUUUGCGCGCCAUUCUGAAAGAGAAUCGCAAACUCAAAGGCUUCCCUUUGGUCGACAAUCCCAAGCAAAUGAUUCUCUUGGGCUCGAUUCAAAGGACCGAAUUGAUUGCAGCCAUCGAGACCAAUAUCGCCAAAGACAAGCGUAUGCGUGUGGCGGCCUUAAGGUACGACGAGCAACUUCAUAAGUGGAAGAACACAGCGCUAAAGCGGAGGGAUGAUGAGCACAGAAGAGCCCAAGCCAACAUCGACCAAGAGGUCCAAAAGCCGAAGACCUCAGAUGCCAAACCUAAACCUCAACGGAGGCCCUCUCGUUUUGAGGUGACCACGGAAGGUGGCAGUGUGUUUGUACCUGAUUCCAAGGCAGGAAUUCCAGAAGUGAAGGAAACGGUCUCACCAGUGAAGGCCUUUGGGUCCAACCUCGACCCCAACUCACCCGCCAUGAGGGCGCUUCAACAGCUCAGUGCCAAGCCCAAGAAAUCGAUUCUGAAAAAGAGCAACUCGUACACCAUUCAUGCCUUUGGCCUCCCAGGAAUGCCCGACACGCGAGGUCGAACGUCGACUCUUCCGCACGACAGACGUGACAACCUGGAUGAACCGAGUAACGACACCAACUAUCAAACGGUGACCGGGGCGGAGAAUCGGUUCAAGAAAUCUUUGGGCAACAUACAAAACCUCUUUAAACGUCCCAGUCAGUUAAAUAUUAUGGGCAGCCGGUUGGGUGACAUUGGCGGUGGUGGGUUCCAAGGUAAGACGCCCAGCUACAUGAUGGACAUGAGUCUGGAGGAGCAGAGAAAAUGGGAGGAGGAGCAAAUGCUGGCCCCGGUCAAGUUUGAGGAGAUCCACAUCGACGCGGCUCCGUUCCAGUUGGUGGAAAAGACCACUCUCCUUAAGGUCCACUCUUUGUUCUCCAUGUUGGGGGUGAAUCAUGCCUACGUCACCGUCAUUGGCAAACUGAUUGGUGUGGUUGGGCUGAAAGAACUUCGUAAAGCUAUUGAAGACGCCAAUUCGGGUCAAUCAGCCUUGGCCAAUCCUGCCACACCCAUGGCCAAAGCGAACCCAGUGAAUAAUCCGAAUAGCCAACGGACCGUGGACUCCAUGGAGUCGGCUUUUUCACGAGACGACCUCGAGGAAGCGUCUGAUGAUGAGCUCCUGAAAAAGUGACCGGACUGACGAGCAACGAAAGACAGGAGGAAGCAAGCAAGUAUCCUCGUGGCUCGCCUUCUUCUUCCUCUUGCUCCUGCCCCAAAUCCUGCUCGUUGACUUAAGGUGAUGGCAACUUGCCACAGAGAGAUGAGAUAAUUCCUUCAACACAUUCCCUAUUUAGAAAAACAUGGGCCUCAAAAUCACAUUCUUUGAUCUCUUGACGCGAGAGAAAGAAGUCGAACUAAUUGUGGACUGGUCCUAAAACCAGCUUGAAAAUAAGUAACAGUAGCAACUACAGCCGCUGCAUCUGAAAAAACUUUGGAGAAGCAACAAGGCAUGAAAAAGUACAGUCAUUGUUGUCUUGGAUUGUCUAGUUUGUUCAAAAGGCAACAGUCCUGAUCAAGAUUAACCAUACUCACUAUUGUUGUUGAUGAUGAUGUUAUUAUUAUUCAAUAUUUUGGGGUUGACCUCCAUGGUUGUCUCAAAAAGGUGCUUCCUGGAAACAGAAGAACGAAAUUAGGUGAUACUCAAUUUGUGAGCAACGAUAUCAAGUAGUGUGUCAAAGUACGUUUGUUCAUGAGCCAAAACAGCAAAAACGAGCGAUAUUUUUUGUUCCGGUAAAUGUGAUAUCGAAUGAGAAACAGCAACCCCCACCUGUGCCAUUACAACGAUAAUAUGGCUGGAACCUGUUCAUGUGAUUUGGUUGUCAUUUUUCGACCAAGGUAUUUGCCAUAUAAGCGACAGCAAUUUCUUCCACUACAAAACCACCACCGUGUGCCUUACUCCUGAACUUCCAACUACUCAAUCAUCAUUUUUGUAAUAUUCCUUUUCUUGUACCUAGUUCAAAUAAAUUCCUUUGAUUACUUCGA